CUAAUUUAUUUGUACUUUCAUCUUUUUGUUAUCGUUUCCUAACUUUUUGUUUGUCUGAUCUGAUAAAACUUUAAAGAAAGAUUGGAAUUUUGUUAGAAAGGAAGAGGGAUUAGUCAAAAUAUCCACUGGCGACUGAACAGAAGAGGAGAUUGAGGGAGAUUAUAUUUGUUUUGUUGAGGUAUUCUAGGUAUCUAGGUACCAUACUUUGUUGCAGCAAAUGGGUCUUGCAGCACCUCGCAAAAAAAUCAAGAUUUCCCAUGACCCUAACAAUACCAAUUGGUCACGGUCAACUAGUGGUUUCGGACACAAGAUUUUAAGCUCUCAGGGAUGGACUCCCGGGAGUUUCCUAGGUGCACGCAAUGCCGCACAUUCUGAAAUGUUCACCGCAGCGAGUGCAUCUCACAUUAAGGUUGUUCUGAAGGACGAUACACUUGGUCUUGGAGCGCGACCCAAGCGAGAUCCCCUAGAUGAGCCCACUGGUCUCGAUGCAUUCAAAGGAUUACUUGGAAGAUUGAACGGCAAGUCAGACGCAGAUUUACAAAUCGAGCAGCAAAAGCGCGACAAUGCAAAACUGGCACGAUACGCCGCUUCUAAAUGGCAAACAGUCACAUUUAUAAGUGGUGGUCUAUUGGCCCAAGAAAAGACCGAGUCUCUUGCUACCGAGGAGCUGCAAAGCACUCCAGAAGAUAAGCAGGAUAAUAAAACUUCUGUCACAGUAGCCGGGCAUCAGAAAGGGCACCUGAUUUUAAGCAGUUCGGUAGAUGAGAGUCGGGAUGGAAACACCGAAAAGUCGAAGUCGAAGUCCAAGUCCAAGUCUAAGUCCAAAGCCAAGGACCACCAGGAGAAAAAAGACAAGAAGAGAAAACAUGUGGAAGUGCAUGAAACUGUGCAUUUUGAGAAUACAAACAUGGAGUCCUCCGAACGAGCAGAUUCAACUUCCACCAAUGGACACGAAAUAUCUUUAACAGCUGCUAAAGUUUUGUCGAAAGAGCGCCGCCCUAUGGGAAGACAUGUCUUCCGGGGCCGACAUAUUGCGCAAAAAAAGAAGGCUCUUCUUGAUGAGAAGUCUCUCAAUGAGAUAUUCAUGGUCAAGUCAUAGCGCAGGGUAUCUCCUUUACAACCGACCCCAGAUAAUCCGACAUUGAUACUUGCAAGUUUGCAUGUAGUGUAUAGAAGGACAGCAUUGGGGGGGAGGU